AUGAGACAACUACCAGAACUGCCAAUCGAUAUCCUCCCAAACAUCCUAGACCACAUAGAACAAGACGAUGCUAACACACUUUUUUCUUGUCUUCUAGUAAGCAGAAUCUGGUGUCGUCUAAUAAUUCCAAUACUUUGGCGAAACCCGUUCAACUACGCCAACUACUUGAAAAAAGAAUCGAAACGUGAAGAAAAGCAAUCAAAGAUCAUAGAUGUAUACAUUAGUUGUCUAUCAGCAGAUGCAAAAAAACGGUUAAAAGAUCGAACGGACAUAAAAAUAUUACCUUCUUUGCCAUCAUCUAAAAGAUUUUUUAAUUACCCGAAAUAUAUUUCAUCGUUGGACGAUAGACGAAUUCUCUGUGCAGUCUGGGACUGGAAACUGAAACGAGAACCUUCAAUUGAUGGACAUGAUGUUUAUCAUUUACUGUUUGCCCUGAUUCGAAUGUUUGCCGAAGAAUCUCAAUCGUUGCAUCAUUUAUCAUUAAAUUCAUGUUUCUAUGAUAAAUCAAUGGAUCGAAAGAAAAAAUUUUCACCCAAAGACUCUUUUUCUUCUCUUUCUUCUUCCUCUGAAAAAGCAAUGAUAGAAACGACACAAAUAGUCACAAUUAUAAAGGCACAAGGAAAAUCUGGUUACCUCACGGAAUUCACAAUUUCCUCGUGUAAAUAUGGUCUCGACGAAAUAAUUGACGCAUUAAGAUCUGAUGCAACUGCGAAAUCACUUCGCAAUCUCACUUUCAUUGGAUGUGAUUUCGCGCAGCUGAGUAGUUCACAAAUUGUAACUACUGUAGAAUUUUUCUCGCGAAUGGAAAGUGUGUUGUUUCGCAUGUGCCAUGGGUAUAGAGGCGAAUUUUUGGAUAUGUUGGAGAAAAAAAUGAUUUUAGAUCAUAAUGUUGGUAGCGUUGAGACACGAGCAAAACCAAGGAAGGAAGCAGAAAACAGC